GCAUGACACAUCUCAUUCAGAUUGUUCUAAGCUGUUCAGGCUCACACUUCAUUCACUUCAGCCUCUGCCUCCUUUACCAGCAUGAUGAAGAUGAGAAAUCUUCUUUUGGGCUUUAUUCUUGGACUUCUUACUGCUGUCCAUUCAACACCUGUUAACACUGAGACAAGCCUCCCUCCCAAAGCAGAGGAUGACGUUUUGGAAGAGGCCAUGACAGACGGCUUCCUCGUCGAACAGUCUUUUGUUCCUUUAGUCACAACUGAGUCAUCUCAAAAAAACACAACCAUUCAAGCAUCUGUGCAGCCGUCCUUGGAUUCCAUGACUGAGGGCAGCGCGGAGGUCCCGUCUUCCACGUUCUCUGAACUUGGAGUUGGACACUCCUACACCACAGGUGUUUCACACACUCAGAGCCCUGCCUUCACUAGGGACUACAUGGCAGAUGGGAGCUUUCCUUCACUUACGACUGCAUCAGCAAUCACUGAGGCAUCUCUGCAGACGUCCUCUGAUCUCACGAUUGAGGGCAGUGGUGAGAUCGUAUUCCCGGAUGACAUUGGAAACCCCACCACGACUAGUCUUGGUGUUUCACACACUGAGAGCCCUGUGUUCAUGGUGAACCCUGAAUCAGUUUCAUCCACCAUCCAAACCUUCCAGGCCGGGCUCACCUCUUUAGCAGCGCCAAAAGAGGCUCGCUCAAAGAUCUUUUCGCUCAAAGAUCUUUUCAAUCUCCCCGAUGAAGUCUCUGCCUCCAUCAGCGACUUCCUAAACAGUUUCGAUUUGUCGUCUGGUUCGGGAUCUGGAGAUUUUGAGACAAGUUCUCCAGUGAUUGUUGAAACGACUGAAAGCACUGAAAGCACUGAAAGCACUGAAAGCACCACCGUCACCACAAGUUUGAGCUUCGCAGAGGCAGACACCUCAGAAAAGAUGACAAAAGAAGUUCAGGCCCAUAAAGACUCACAAGCCAUUGUAGGGGCGCAACCUGAAACCAAAACAGAAAUGCACAAAGGACACAAUACACCUGACUGGAUCAUCAUCCUCGGAUUCCUUGUUGGUCUUGCUGCACUUAUAAUGCUCUGCGCUGCCAUUGCUACCAAAGACAAGUGGAACGCACCAAAGCAGCCAUCUGAGAACAGUGCCAAAACAAACUCCUCCAACCAGAAGAUGGAGCUAGAGAUGCAGACCUUCUUGCAAAAGGAUGAGCCCAAGGAGGAAGGAAAGGACUCUGAGUACACCGUUAUUCCCCUGGAUGAGCUUCCAGAGAAUUACUCAACAGAUUGAGGUUUGGAGAUGAACCUUGUGGAGAGUUGACUCAUCAUCACACAUCCCAAAGACUGUUCUUGAAACAGAUUUUAUUGGAGGGCCACUACUGUAAGGACUAUUGAGCAGAAGGUUCUUUUUCUUUUCAUUUCAGGCCGAGAGCCUUAUCAGACAGAUAUGUGUGGCCUGCGUUUUGCCUGCUGGCUUUCAAAAACUGUUACCAAACUUUUAAGUUAAAAUAUUGUUUUGAUUAAUUUAUUUUCCAAAUCAGCCUUUUUAAAACACAUGUAAAACUGUCAUAGUACAAAUGUAGUUUUUAUUUCAAUUCAAAUGCAGCUGAAAAAUCUUCUGUUCUGUUUUUUUUUUUUUUUUGCUGGAUAUUUUUCUCUUAAUCAGCCAUUUCUACGUCUUUCUUUCUAACUUACAGGCUAAAAUACUGGUUUUGAUGCAUCUUUUGAAGUGUAUUUGUAUUAUAGUUUUAUGAUCUCUUUGAAAUAACCUUAUUCAAGACUGUUUUGUAAAUGUUUAACUUAUAUUAAGCUGCCUAUGAAAGUCUAGAGCACUGACCAUUGCUUAGCCUACAAACGCGACCGCUCCUUUGAACUCCCAGCAGCGCUUGCAAUGCUGUAAAAUGCACUGAUUGAAUGUUCAUAUGCUUCACUGCAUCCCUUGAAUGACAAGAAAUAAACACAAUGACAACUCAUCAAUAAA